UCUGUGACACGCAGCGGGGGCAGAGCCAUGGCCAGGGAGCUGAGCCAGGAGGAGCUGCUGGAUUUCCUCUGCCAGGCUGGGGGGCGAGUGACCAACGCCGCCUUGCUGGGGCACUUCAGGCGCUUCCUGCGGGACCCCGGGCCGGCCGGGCAGGUGCAGCGGCGCCGGGAGCAGUUCAAGAGCCUGGUGAACUCGGUGGCCACGGUGCGGCAGGAGGCGGGCGGCGGCGGCCCCAAGUACGUGGUGCUGAGGAAAAGGUACCGGGACCUGCUGGGCGAGGAGCUGGGGCCACCUGCCGCGGAGCCGCCCCCAGGGCCCGGGCGGGGCCAGGGGCAGGGCCUCGCCGGUGCCUGCCCAGGGAAGGAGGCGGCUCCUUCAGCCGCCCGGCCGGGGAGCGGAGCGGGCUCCCCGGGAGGCCAGGGCAGCGGGGCGCACGCCGGACUCCAGGAGCAGCAGCGCCCGGCACCCCCCGGCCGCCUGCCCCGGGAUCAUCCCCGUGUCUGCCCGGGCGGAGCUGGCCGCGGGGCUCCCGGCCUCCCCCAGGCUAACUCGGGGAGGCAGGGAGCAGAGCCGCCUCCUGCCCCGGCUCGGGCCGCCGGCGGCCAGGGGCACCCCCCGGAGCGCUGCGCCCCGUGCCCGGAGCUGCGCCCUCCCCGGGCUGCCCUGCGCGCCCUCCCCGGGGCGCCCUGCGCUCCCGCCGGGCUCCAGCAGCAGCAGCGGAUCCAGGAGUGGGUGGAGAAGAGCCGGGAUGCGGGGCAGGCGGCCCGGGACAGCGGAUCCGCUCCUCGCUCGCCCGACGGCACCUGCCCUGGCCCGGCCCGGCCGCUCCCCGCGGCUGGCUGGAGAUGCCCCCCGCCCGUCUUCAGGAGCAUCCGCUGCCAGCUGGCCCUGCAGGACCUGGAGGAUUUCGUGGAGCAGGCGAGCCCCGGGAGCGAAGAGGGCGGCGGGGGUGGCACCGGCAGCGAGGGGAGCGACUCCCCGCAGGAGGUGGGGGACAGGGGUGCCAGCCCCGCCAGGGGAGCAGGCAAAGCGCCCAGGGACCCAGGGGCGCUAGACUCACGCUGCCAGCAGCUCAGCAAUGGGGCACCCAGCGACCGCAGCCAGCGCAGAGCCAACCGGCGGGUGGUGGAGGUGAAUGGCACCGCGCCCUGCACCCGCCACUCCUUCAGGAGCAAGAGCGCCCGUGGGAGCAGCAGGGUGUCCUCCUCCGAGGACGAGCUGAGGGAGCAGGACCAGGGGAGGAGAGGCCGCCGGCCGCGGAGGUCCAGGAAGAUGGCCAAGGGGGCAAUAUUGGCUUCCCCAGGUGUGGACACUCCCCUCACUUUCCAGUACUUGGGCUCUGUGCAAAGACAGAUUUGUGGGCCCCCAGAGGAGGCACUGCCAGUUCCCCAGACGCCUCUGGACCCCGGGCCCUCUUCCGUGCCCCUAGACCCCAGGGAACACAACUGGAUUGUCAUGGUGGCUGCUGGCUCCUGGGUGCAGGUCCGGGCGCUCUUCCUGGAAGAUCCCCAGCUUGCUUUGCAGAGGGACUUUAUCUCGGGCUACACCGCCCUUCACUGGAUCGCCAAACAUGGAGCCAGCCAAGUGCUCCAGGACUUGGUCAGCGGGGCCGAGAAAGCGGGCACCCCCCUGGAUGUGAAUGUGAAAUCCAGCUGUGGCUACACCCCAUUGCACCUAGCGGCCAUCCAUGGACACCAGAGGAUCAUGAAGCUGCUGAUCCAGAAACUGAACUCCAAGGUCCAUGUGCGGGACAGCAGUGGGAAGAGGCCUUGGCAAUACCUGAGCAGCUCAACCUCUGGAGAAAUGUGGCAGCUGCUGGGCGCUCCCAAGGGCAAGACAAUCUUCCCUACCCAGCCCUUAGUCAGAUGCUCCUCACCCCCCAGAAAGGCCAAGAGCCAGGAGGUGGCCAGGAGCAUCAGCAGGAAAACCUCCCUCGCGGCCUGCCUGAAACCAAAGCACAUGAAAUGGAAAAUGGCUACCAAGUACCCUGCCCUGAGGGAGCAGGAGGAGUAUAGCGACUGACAAGGCAGCAGAGCCAGCCCAAAGUGGGGAGCACAUGGACAAGCCUUGGGUAGAGGCUACAGAGACCUUCUAGGCAGCUUGUUUGCACAAUGCGGGGUCAGUCUAGAGGUGGAGGAGAGGGGGCACUUUCUGGUUGACUAACUCUUACACUUUAACUACUUCUGGAUCCUUUUCUGGCCUAUUUUUAAUAGAAAAUCCAUCUAGAAACCUUUUGUCCAAUGAGCUAAUGCUGUGACAACUCCCUGCCAUAGGAGACAGCCAACUUUGGGAGGCAGCUGGGGGCACUCGCUCCCUGAAGCUUAGCCAUGACCCACAACUGAGCUACUUGACUUCCCACACCCCAUGGCCCCUAGUUCAGGCAGUUAGUCUCAGAAGCAGUUCUUUAGAUGCUGGAAAGGUGGGGCGGGGUGAAAGAUAUGCAAGGGAGUAAGUAGUGAUCACAGGAAGAAAAGAUUUGAGGAAACCCUAAAUCAUCCCUAUUUGACCUGGCCUCCAGAUUGAAACCAAGAGCAGAGUGUGAGCCAAAACUCAUCUUCAGGCACUUCCUGCUGUGGAGGGAGAUCAUCACCCAAACAAUAAGAGAAAUAUUCACGUGUCACGGGGGAGGGGAUGGUAAGGCUGUUAAAUUGGAACAUCACGUGCACUGCGCUAGUUGCCAGCUCAGAUGAAUUAUUUGCCUGCAGAAGGGUGUGUGAGGAGAGACUGGAGAUUCUUCCCUUGGGAAUGUUAAUGAGAGAUGAGGAAUCCCUGGCACCUAGAGACCCAACCUUUAAUGCUGCUUUGAUGAAAAUCCAAGACUUGUUGUUUCAGUGCAGAUCAAAAGAGUGACUGAAAAAGGCACUGUCACAAAGAUGAGAAAUAGGGCUAAUCUGUUUAAAAAGCAAUGUUUUUAAAUUAACAAGGUUCAUAAAGCGUGUUGUUGUUUUUUUUUAAUAAUGUGGAUUCAUUAGUCAUUAAUCACGCUGCCAGUUAGUGUUAAAACGUUUUCUGGAAAGAAAAUGAUCAACAAAGCAGGGUGUCUGAUGUUCUUAUUCUUUUCAUCCACAGCUGAGGAACCUUUGAGGGCAUUCACAUCUUCCUAACACAACACACACAGGCAACAAUCCUGCUCCUUGGGUCCUGGGCUACUUGUCCAAUGCCAGCUUUGUUCGUUCUGUUGCAUUUAUGCCACCUGCCCAUCUUUCAUAUUUGCACAGGCAAUUAUUCCUAAAUGCACCUGGCUGGUUUUUGAUAGUUUUGAAAAUUAGAGGAAUUCUCCAUUUGAAUAUUCUAUGCAACAAGUUGUGGGGUAGGGGUGGUCCCCACCUCCCCCAGGAAGUGUGUAAAACAUAUACCAUAGUUAAACCUGAAACACGAAUGUUAAUCCUAGUUACGGUGCUGCUAUGUGUUUAGCAGUUGCACUUCAUGGUGGGUAAUGAAAACAGACCAGCUCAUUUCUGUUCUAGGUUUUCUCUGACAGGCACAAUGCUCUGAAGUCUUGGGUUGCAUGCGGGGCUGGGGGGACUGUUGCUGUUUACAGGGGCUGGUUUUUGUGUUUUGUUUUUCUUCAGUUUAAAAGAAAUAUUUCAUGGGUCUAAAGCUUUGGAAUAAUAUUUUACAAAACCUAAAUUGGGGUGGGGGCAUGUUUAGACACUGGCCCUUUAACCUUGAUGGAUUUUAAUAUUUCAAGCAAGGCCUUAACUCGCUUUUAAAGCCCCAGUCUCAAAGAGUGUGGGGCGAGCACCCUGCAGUUCCCAGGGGCCUUUUGUCUGUGAAGUCCCAGGGUGGGGUGGAGGGAGGAGCAGACACUCUAGGGUGUGACAUUCAUUCCAGAGCUGGUUCAUUCCAAGCCACUCCCCACCCACCUUUACAGUGUUCAGCACCCCUGGGUGUGCUAACCGCCUGCUGCUGUACCUCCCUGCUCACUUGAGGGGUGACACAUUUCAUCUGACCCCUCAAACCCCCCCCACCACUCCCAAAAACAGGGUACGGCAUGCUGAGGGGAGGGGCCAUGAAGGAGAUCUUGUACCUAUGCUACAUAUUGUAGAGGGGGGGCCCUUGACCGGUCCCCUGAAGGUGGAAGGCCACAAUAGCAGCCCAUGAGGGUCACGGCCACAGCAGGGCUAUGGACCGAGACAGACAUUUAUGCAGAUUUUUCUAUCAUGUAGGUUUAGUAGGGCCAAGGCAGCCGUGCUCACUUACCCACUUAUUCCCUGACAAAUAUCCCUGCAGUCUGGGCCUGAUUCCCUUCCCCGCGAUAUGAGUGACUCCCACUUCCUGUGGCUGGAGAAUUAGUCCCUGUAGCAUUCACUCCUGUGGGCCCUGCUUGACCCCGGCUGUCCCUGUUGGGGGUAGAUGAGCAGAGCUAUGGCCCAGAGGACAAGGGCCAUAGGGGUCGAUAAAGGCGGCCGUGAAGUCAGCCAUCCACAGCGAUGGCUUGGCUCUCCCUACAAGCCCUGACCCUUCCAGGCAGCUGUUCCCAGGCUGCCAGGACACUUGUACAUAUUGAGGUGUGUGCUCCCCACCCACGCUGGUGGGCGAACCAUGCUCAUGUGUGGCAGGCAACAGCCAUAGCUGCUAGAUCAAUCACCUGCCGAGGAAGGGCUAGAAAGCUUGUCCUUCAUCUUACGAAAAAUAUCCAAACCCACAGGCUUCCAUCACCUAAGCGCAAGGAUCUCUCUCCUGGCGGAAUACCAGCUACCAGUGGGUGAUAUCGCACAGACCCUGAGCCUACAAACGCGUGCUUAGCUUUACUACCAUCACUAAUCCCACCCAAGUGGUAAAACCAAGCAUUUCCCGUAACGUAUGCACUGUACCAGGCAUCUCAAUUUCAAACCACCACGAGGGCCACGUGAGGACUAGUACAUUGGCCCGAGGGCUGCAUCAUUGACACCUUUUAAUACAAAGAUACAAAGGCCGCCCCUGCCCC